AUGCGCCCGAGUUCUGGAGUUCCGCUCCAUUCCACUGGACACUUGGCAGAGGCAUUCGUCGCCAAGAAGACUUCCCGGUCUCCAGUGCAAAUUGUCCAGACGCGACGGGGAACCCCGUUCGAAUCUUCAGAAGAGGCCGUCAUCGAGGAGGGCGUUGAUUUGCAUGGGAUGCUGGCGGACUAUAUCAAGCAUCGGGCACGACCCUACCACCUGCCAGUCCGAUACCCUCGAAAAAUGGUAGAAGUCCAUGUCCGAGCAGAUUUGUAUCAAAUCGUGGAUUUGGACCAACGCUCCAACCUCGCCACAAUAUCUGCUUAUAUUGACGCUUGGUGGAUUGAUGAAUACAUAGGCUGGAAUGAGACCGAUUUUGGGACGUUGACAAAAAUCUUCAUUCCGAUAAGAUGGCUUUGGAAACCAGAAUUUUAUAUGUAUCAUAGUGUCCAAGGCAGAACGCCGGACUACGCAUCGGAUGCGACAGCUGAGGUCCGAAACGACGGGCGGGUCCGUAUAUUCGUCCCAAUCACGGCGCGAUCCCUCUGCCCGGUCAACGUCAAGAUGAUGCCAUACGGUAUUUUGUUGCAUUAUAAUGUC